AUAUUGUGUAUUUGCAGUUUCUCCAGACCCAGAGAGAAGAGAGGUCCCGGGCACGUAAGUAUACAAACCUGGAUAUUCAGGCGAAUAAAUGCCACCAAGUAUGACCAAGAGUUCGGCGAAUAAACUGACAAAUGGAGAUGUUUUCCACCGGACAUCCAACGGUAAGACGUCAUCGAGAAGGAACGGUUUCGUGAAGAAUCAUUGCUUGUUCCAACAACCGCAACAGAAGAAUCCGCGCCCGAGUGAGAACAACCAUGUUGUCUCCAGAACAACCAACGCCAGCCUGUACAACAAAGUGUUUGUGGAGCAGUUUGAGGAGACUCCUCUGCUUGUGGCGGUUCUCACAUACAUGGGCUAUGGGAUCCUCACCAUCUUCGGGUACCUGCGGGACUUCCUCCGGCACUGGGGCAUGGAGAAGUGCCAUGUAGCCAGAGAAAGGGAAGAGCAGAAGGACUUUGUUCCACUGUACCAGGACUUUGAGAACUUCUACACCCGGAAUCUAUACAUGCGUAUCCGUGACAACUGGAACAGGCCGAUCUGCAGUGUUCCAGGAGCCAAGAUGGACCUGUUGGAGAGGGCCUCCAAAGACUACAACUGGACCUUCCAACACACAGGCAAGCUGGUGAAAGACGUGAUCAACAUGGGUUCAUAUAACUACCUGGGCUUUGCUGAGAACACUGGGAGGUGUGCCGACGCUGCCACAGAGUCCACCCACCACUAUGGCAUUGGAGUGGGUAGCACCCGCUAUGAGAUGGGUAACCUGGACAUCCAUGAGGAGUUGGAACAGCUGGUUGCUAGGUUCCUGGGGGUGGAGUCAUCUAUGGCCUUUGGGAUGGGCUUCGCUACCAACUCCAUGAACAUUCCGGCUCUGGCUGGAAAGGGCUGUUUGAUCCUGAGUGAUGAGUUAAACCAUGCCUCUCUGGUGCUGGGCGCUCGGCUGUCUGGAUCCAUCAUCAGAGUCUUCAAGCACAACAAUAUGGUGAGUCUAGAGAAGCUGUUGAGAGACGCCAUCGUCCACGGCCAGCCCAGAACACGCAGGCCCUGGAAGAAGAUCCUCAUACUGGUGGAAGGAAUAUACAGUAUGGAGGGAUCCAUCGUGCGUCUGCCUGAGGUGAUAGCCCUGAAGAAGCGCUACAAGGCCUUUCUCUACCUGGACGAGGCCCACAGCAUCGGGGCACUAGGACCUCGUGGUGGAGGGGUGGUCGACUACUUUGCUCUGGACCCCAAAGAUGUUGACAUCAUGAUGGGAACGUUCACUAAGAGCUUUGGUGCUGCUGGAGGGUAUAUCGGAGGAAAAAGGGAGUUGAUAGACUACCUGCGGUCCCACUCCCACAGUGCUAUCUACGCCACCUCCAUGUCUCCUCCUGUGUCCCAACAGAUCAUCACUUCUAUGAAGAUUAUCAUGGGGGAGGACGGUACCACUCUGGGUGUGGUUCGUCUGAGGCAGCUGUCAGAGAACACUACGUAUUUCAGGAGGAAACUCCGAGAGAUGGGCUUCAUCAUCUAUGGCAACGAUGACUCUCCUGUUGUACCCAUGAUGCUCUACAUGCCUGCCAAGAUAGGGGCGUUCGGUAGGGAGAUGUUGAAGAGGAACAUUGGGACGGUGGUGGUUGGCUUUCCGGCCACGCCCAUCAUAGAGUCCAGGGCCAGGUUCUGUGUGUCUGCUGCCCACACCAGAGAUAUUUUGGACACGGCGUUGGAGGCCAUCAGUGAGGUAGGAGAUAUAUUACAGCUGAAGUAUUCUAGACACCAGAGACUUCCUCAUCUCCCCUCCUCCCUGGGUUCAUGGUCCACUGAGGAGAGUCUGCUCCAGGAGCCCAGCCACGUCAAGCCUUCUGUCAUGUAACUAACUGAAAUUGCCUACACUGGUGUAGGGUCAAGUUGCCUCUAGAUGCUGAUCUUGUCAGUUUAGUAUUUUUCCCCACUAAUAGUUAAUGUUAGGAUUGGGGAUGUAAAGCUGAUCCUAGAUCUGUACCUAAGUGAAACUUCACCAGGUCUGAACAGUCACCAUGUGCCCAGAGGGUUUUCUUAAUGCAUCUUAACUUAUUGUGACUUCAUUGUUUUGAGUUUGUACCUUAAUGUUGAGUCUUAAAUAUGUCUUUGUGCAUUAUGGGGUCUUCCAAUGCAAUAAUAACAAGAUUACAUUUACAUUGUAGUAAUUUAGAAGACUCUCUUAUCCAGAGCCACUUACUGGAGCACCUUGCUCAACGGCACAUUGACAGCUUUUUCACCGAUUCGGCUCAGGGAUUUGAACCAGCUACCUUUAGCUUACAGGCCCAACACUUUAAACCAGUAGGCUACCUGCUGCGGUUCUUAAAUGUAUUUUCAGCUUUUAAGAUAGGUUUUAAUAUUCAAAUAUACAGUACCACUUGUUUGGUUAUACCAAUGGUUGGUUACUGGCAGGAGUUAUAUAACAGACAAAGUAAAUAAAUAAUAUAUAUCAUUCCUUACAUUAGAGCACUGUUGAUAUGGGUAAAAUACCCCAUCCCCACCUAAAUAUAGGCCUUCAUAUCACAUGGGGUACAUCAAGUGUCAACCUUAUUUUAAUUUUUUUAAUUUAACUUAAACCUUUCCACUCUAAUCAGUGUUUUAUACUUGAAUAUUGUCACUGGGUCCUUUCUCUAACCAAAUAUAUGUAUUGUACAUUAUCUACUGUUUAUACUGUAAAUUAACAUGUGAACAUCUUCUUUGACUUAACAUCGUAGCUAGUCACCAAUCACACAGCUGCUUUCCAUGAGUAGUCCUAGCUCUCUCUGUAAUCUACGUAUCACACCUGGCUCAUGUUCAUUAGGGCACGUCUCUGCCAAAACAAGCAUUUCUUAUUGGACAAGCCCUGGUAGUCCCUCCCAGUUUCAGUUAGUUUUGUUCCAUUUUGUGCCUAAUGAACACGACUUUGUUCCAAAAAGAUCCGGUGAGAUAUUUAGAAUAGUAGGGGGGUGUUUCAGUUAGUUUUGUUCCAUUUUGUGCCUAAUGAACACGACUUUGUUCCAAAAAGAUCCGUUGAGAUAUUUAGAAUAGUAGGGGGGGGGGGGGGGUCCCUUUGAAGAGCCGACCAUGUUGUGAAUGUUUUAUUUUCUAUCAUCUUUUUCAGCCUUUAAUAUUUAGUGUUCUUUACACCUGUACUGGAAUAACUUGAACUCAUAUGUCUUAAACAUUUUGAACAGAGUCUCUUUAACCUAUCCAUUAAUGAAGAUUCUCUAAAACUGCUAUAGGAUAAAUAAGAGCCAGGUCGUGUUGUGUGUUUCUUAGGAUCGGCUUCCUGGAAUAGAAAAUACAUAUAUUUAAAUGGAACUUCUUGCCUUCAUCUGUGUGAAACUACCCGUUACUGAAGACACAUGUCAUGUGAAUAUCUAACUGUAUAUCUGAACCUAAGUGCUUAUUCUAUUAUUAACAACCCAGCGCUGAUGUCUUCUUCCUGAACAAUGACACACUGGGUGUAAUGUAACCACACUGUCUGUCUGUACGUAUGACCAUGCUGCAUCCUAACCGUGCUUCUCUGAUGUACAGAUAUGUCCUUAUUCGGAAAACACUUCCUAUGGAUACCCUCUUUAUAAGGUAUUAUAAGUGCAUCCAUAAUGCCUUAUGAGCUAUGUAUAAUGCAUUAUAAUGCCUUAUGAGCUAUGUAUAUUGCAUUAUAAUGCCUUAUGAGCUAUGUAUAUUGCAUUAUAAUGCCUUAUGAGCUAUGUAUAUUGUAUUAUAAUGCCUUAUGAGCUAUGUAUAAUGCAUUAUAAUGCCUUAUGAGCUAUGUAUAUUGCAUUAUAAUGCCUUAUGAGCUAUGUAUAUUGCAUUAUAAUGCCUUAUGAGCUAUGUAUAAUGCAUCCAUAAUGCCUUAUGAGCUAUGUAUAAUGCAUUAUAAUGCCUUAUGAGCUAUGUAUAUUGCAUUAUAAUGCCUUAUGAGCUAUGUAUAUUGCAUUAUAAUGCCUUAUGAGCUAUGUAUAUUGCAUUAUAAUGCCUUAUGAGCUAUGUAUAUUGCAUUAUAAUGCCUUAUGAGCUAUGUAUAUUGUAUUAUAAUGCCUUAUGAGCUAUGUAUAUUGCAUUAUAAUGCCUUAUGAGCUAUGUAUAUUGCAUUAUAAGUGCAUCCAUAAUGCCUUAUGAGCUAUGUAUAUUGCAUUAUAAUGCCUUAUGAGCUAUGUAUAUUGCAUUAUAAUGCCUUAUGAGCUAUGUAUAUUGCAUUAUAAUGCCUUAUGAGCUAUGUAUAAUGCAUCCAUAAUGCCUUAUGAGCUAUGUAUAUUGUAUUAUAAGUGCAUCCAUAAUGCCUUAUGAGCUAUGUAUAUUGCAUUAUAAUGCCUUAUGAGCUAUGUAUAUUGCAUUAUAAUGCCUUAUGAGCUAUGUAUAUUGCAUUAUAAUGACUUAUGAGCUAUGUAUAAUGCAUCCAUAAUGCCUUAUGAGCUAUGUAUAUUGUAUUAUAAGUGCAUCCAUAAUGCCUUAUGAGCUAUGUAUAUUGCAUUAUACUGCCUUAUGAGCUAUGUAUAUUGCAUUAUAAUGCCUUAUGAGCUAUGUAUAUUGCAUUAUAAUGCCUUAUGAGCUAUGUAUAUUGCAUUAUAAUGCCUUUGAGGUUUAAUACAGGACGUUUUUCUAUUUAUUGCAAAUUGCCUAUAGUAUUUCAAUCUGCCUUGUUUUGGGGAAGAUGUUUCUAAUAUAGUAUCUCUGUGGGUUGCAGCUCUAUGUUCUACAGCAGGUCUUCUAAAUUCAAUUUAAAGUCAGCCAUUUCAGUUCAAUUUCAUGGCAUUUCAGUUUGGAAAUGUUAUGGAAAUUCAGAAAACUAUUAGAAUUGACUUGAUUUGUAAUGGAAUUGACCCCCAACCCUGUUCCAGAGUACCUGUGUAUGUGUGUUUUAAAAACGGACAUGUCUUCAGUGCUAGUACUACUGAUGGGCAUUGGAAAUGCAAAGAUGAUGUAGCCUCACUGAAACGACAGGCUUUUUUGCUGGCUAACGACAGGCUUUACGGCUGGCUAACGGCAGGCUUUACGGCUGGCUUAACGGCAGGCUUUACGGCUGGCUAACGGCAGGCUUUACGGCAGGCUUUACGGCUGGCUAACGGCAGGCUUUACGGCUGGCUAACGGCAGGCUUUACGGCUGGCUAACGGCAGGCUUUACGGCUGGCUAACGGCAGGCUUUACGGCUGGCUUUACGGCUGGCUAACGGCAGGCUUUACGGCUGGCUAACGGCAGGCUUUACGGCUGGCUAACGGCAGGCUUUACGGCUGGCUAACGGCAGGCUUUACGGCUGGCUAACGGCAGGCUUUACGGCUGGCUAACGGCAGGCUUUACGGCUGGCUAACGGCUGGCUAACGGCAGGCUUUACGGCUGGCUAACGGCAGGCUUUACGGCUGGCUAACGGCAGGCUUUACGGCUGGCUAACGGCUGGCUUUACGGCUGGCUAACGGCUGGCUAACGGCAGGCUUUACGGCUGGCUAACGGCAGGCUUUACGGCUGGCUAACGGCAGGCUUUACGGCUGGCUAACGGCAGGCUUUACGGCUGGCUAACGGCAGGCUUUACGGCUGGCUAACGGCAGGCUUUACGGCUGGCUAACGGCAGGCUUUACGGCUGGCUAACGGCAGGCUUUACGGCUGGCUAACGGCAGGCUUUACGGCUGGCUAACGGCAGGCUUUACGGCUGGCUAACGGCAGGCUUUACGGCUGGCUAACGGCAGGCUUUACGGCUGGCUAACGGCAGGCUUUACGGCUGGCUAACGGCAGGCUUUACGGCUGGCUAACGGCAGGCUUUACGGCUGGCUAACGGCAGGCUUUACGGCUGGCUAACGGCAGGCUUUACGGCUGGCUAACGGCAGGCUUUACGGCUGGCUAACGGCAGGCUUUACGGCUGGCUAACGGCAGGCUUUACGGCUGGCUAACGGCAGGCUUUACGGCUGGCUAACGGCAGGCUUUACGGCUGGCUAACGGCAGGCUUUACGGCUGGCUAACGGCAGGCUUUACGGCUGGCUAACGGCAGGCUUUACGGCUGGCUAACGGCAGGCUUUACGGCUGGCUAACGGCAGGCUUUACGGCUGGCUAACGGCAGGCUUUACGGCUGGCUAACGGCAGGCUUUACGGCUGGCUAACGGCAGGCUUUACGGCUGGCUAACGGCAGGCUUGGUUUGAAGGAAGCGUCUUUUUACCGCCGACUGUCUCACAAUGAUUCUUCUGAUCUGAUAUGGCAUUCCAGAAUUAGCUGGUUUUGUUUUGGCUGGCUUGUAUAUUUGUUUUAUUUUGUGUAAAUGUAUAUAUAUGAUUUUCAAUGGGACAACCUAUGGGUCAUUUCAAGUGUAAUAUUGUGAUAAGUCAAAUAUCCGGUUUGUAGUUGAGGUGUGUGAGUGUAGAAAUGUAUCGAACAGAACUGAGACUAGCACUGUGAUCAUUCCACCACUACAAGCUCCUUUUAAACUAUCUCUGACAUUUUAAAGUGUCUAGAAUUAGUUUAGCAGUAAAACUGAAACCUUGUUGAUUCUGCAUUGUAUUUAGUUCAAGCUGGGUGGGCCCAUGUAGUUAGUCUCUCUUGGUCCCGAAUGGCACUCUUUUUCCUAUAGUGUACAACUUUUAACCACAGCCUUAGUCAAAAGUAGUGCACUAUAUAGGCAAUGGAGCACAAUUUGGGAUGCCUGCUCCGUAUCCUGUUCCCAUCUCUAUUGAGACAGGAUGUGAUUGCUGACAUCCAGCAACAUGAUCUCAGGAAGGCUUUUUACAUUUCUACAAAGCAAAUAACAUUUAGCUUCAUAUGUCAUUAAUCACUGGCCCAUUUUUUUUUUUUUAAGUAAAUGUGUUUUUAAAAUGAAAAGAUUAAAAAGUUAUUUGAUGUAAAAUGACAUUGUUUAACCAGCAAUGGGAGAGAUUUGUGAACUGACCUAUGUACGCGACUGUAUAAAUCCUGUAUGUUAUCAGUAGGCUUUUACCCUUGGCAAGUUCAAUGUUUGGAGAUAGUUAGGGUUGAAAGAUAAACCAUUUGAGGUUUUUGAAGCAAUGGUGUGUGUUAAACCGUGCUGUUGGAAACCGUGCUGAGAUUAAAUCUGUCUUUGUUUGUAUCAAGCUCUAGGUUAGCUUUGUCUUUUGGCAAAGGUCUAUAUACAUACGCACGAUGUGUAAUGUCAUCUAUCGGAAAGUCUUUACAGAAUGAAUACCAUUAAAUGACUUACAACCUGUUUGUAUCUUAAAGAAGA